UAAAGUGGAUAGAGAGGAGCGUGUGGAAGGGCUGCUGUGCUCUACAGGGGACCAACUUCUUCCUUGCCAUGGAUGGGUUGACAGGAGGCUGGUCUCUGGCUGAACACUGAGCACUGGGGCAGAAACACUUGUUCUGUGAGGACAUCCCGCAUUCUGUCUAGUUUGAAACGCUAGCAUACGCAACAAUGUCAGACAAGAUGUCUAGCUUUCUCCAUGUAGGAGACAUCGUGUCCUUGUAUGCUGAGGGAUCUGUGAAUGGAUUCAUAAGCACAUUGGGAUUGGUGGACGACCGGUGUGUGGUGCAGCCAGAGGCAGGAGACCUUAGUAACCCACCUAAAAAGUUCAGAGAUUGCCUGUUUAGGCUCUGUCCCAUGAACAGAUACUCUGCUCAGAAGCAGUUUUGGAAAGCUGCAAAACCUGGUGCCAGUAAUACGACUGAUACUGUUCUUCUCAACAAAUUGCAUCAUGCAGCUGACUUGGAGAAAAAGCAAAAUGAAACAGAGAAUCGCAAGCUCUUGGGAACAGUUAUCCAGUACGGGAAUGUUAUUCAGAUGCUGCACCUGAAAAGUAACAAAUACCUUACUGUGAACAAGCGUCUUCCUGCGUUACUGGAAAAGAAUGCCAUGCGUGUGACCCUUGAUGAAGCUGGGAAUGAAGGCUCCUGGUUCUACAUCCAACCAUUUUACAAGCUGCGCUCAAUCGGGGAUAGUGUUGUUAUUGGCGAUAAAGUUGUCCUUAACCCAGUAAAUGCCGGUCAGCCGUUACAUGCAAGCAGCCACCAGCUAGCAGACAACCCAGGAUGCAACGAGGUAAAUUCUGUAAACUGCAACACAAGCUGGAAAAUUGUUUUGUUCAUGAAAUGGAGUGACAAUAAGGAUGAUAUUCUGAAAGGGGGCGAUGUUGUGCGACUGUUCCAUGCAGAGCAGGAGAAGUUUCUGACGUGUGAUGACCACAGAAAGAAACAGCAUGUGUUCCUCAGAACUACGGGCAGGCAGUCUGCCACUUCGGCCACCAGUUCCAAAGCAUUAUGGGAGGUGGAGGUUGUGCAGCAUGAUCCCUGCCGAGGUGGUGCCGGUUACUGGAACAGCCUUUUUCGUUUCAAACAUCUGGCAACAGGGCACUACUUGGCAGCCGAGGUAAAUCCUGACUAUGAGGCAGGUAGCCUGGAGACUGAGGUUGCCAUGGAUGCAGAACAAGACCCAGCCCGAGCUAAUCUACGUGUGGUGCCUGAGAAGAUGAUGUGUACUUUAGUCUCUGUGCCUGAGGGAAACGAUAUUUCAUCAAUCUUUGAGCUGGAUCCAACAACGCUGCGUGGUGGUGACAGUCUAGUGCCCAGAAAUUCAUAUGUGAGGCUCCGGCAUCUAUGUACCAACACCUGGGUCCACAGCACGAACAGUCCAAUAGAUAAAGAUGAGGAAAAGCCAGUCAUGUUGCGGAUUGGCACAUCCCCGGUGAAGGAAGACAAGGAAGCCUUUGCGAUUGUUCCAGUGUCACCAGCUGAAGUGCGGGAUCUGGAUUUUGCAAAUGAUGCCAGUAAAGUUCUCUCCUCAAUUGCAGGCAAAUUGGAGAAGGGCACAAUUACACAGAAUGAAAGAAGAUCUGUCACCAAACUGUUGGAGGAGCUGGUGUACUUUGUGACUGCUGGGGUGAAUUCGGGGCAGGAUGUGUUGGAGGUAUUGGUAAACAAGCCAAAUCGAGAACGUCAGAAAUUGAUGCGUGAGCAGAACAUUCUAAAACAGAUCUUCAAGCUGCUACAGGCUCCAUUCACGGACUGUGGGGAUGGGCCAAUGUUGAGAUUGGAGGAGUUGGGGGACCAAAGGCAUGCACCAUUCAGACAUAUAUGCAGGCUGUGUUACCGGGUUUUGAGACACUCUCAGCAAGACUACCGUAAAAAUCAGGAAUAUAUUGCCAAGCAGUUUGGCUUCAUGCAGAAGCAGAUAGGCUAUGAUGUACUGGCAGAAGACACAAUCACUGCUCUGUUGCACAAUAAUCGCAAACUACUAGAAAAGCACAUCACUGCAGCUGAAAUAGACACCUUUGUGAGCCUGGUUAGAAAGAACAGAGAACCAAGGUUCCUGGACUACUUGUCAGACCUCUGUGUGUCCAUGAAUAAGUCUAUUCCCGUUACCCAAGAGUUGAUCUGUAAAGCUGUAUUAAACCCAGUCAAUGCCGAUAUUCUCAUAGAAACAAAGCUUGUUCUGUCACGCUUUGAGUUUGAAGGAGUUACCAGUGGGGAGAGCCCACUUGAAACCGGGGAAGAUGAGGAAGAAGUCUGGCUCUUCUGGAGAGAUGGAAACAAGGAAACGCGAAGCAAGAGUAUCCGAGAGCUUGCACAAGAUGCUAAAGAGGGUCAGAAAGAGGACCAAGAUGUUCUGAGCUACUACAGGUAUCAGUUGAACCUCUUCGCUCGCAUGUGCCUCGAUCGUCAGUAUUUAGCCAUUAAUGAGAUCUCUGGCCAGCUGGAUGUAGACCUCAUCCUUCGUUGUAUGUCUGACGAGAACCUGCCAUUUGAUCUGCGUGCUUCCUUUUGCCGACUUAUGCUUCAUAUGCAUGUUGAUCGAGAUCCUCAGGAACAAGUGACCCCUGUAAAGUAUGCUCGUUUGUGGUCAGAAAUACCAUCAGAGAUUGCCAUUGAGGACUACGAUAGCAGUGGGACAUCGAGAGAGGAUAUAAAGGAGCGGUUUGCUCAAACGAUGGAGUUUGUGGAAGAAUAUCUGAGAGAUGUCGUCGGACAACGAUUUCCUUUCUCUGACAAGGAGAAGAACAAACUGACAUUUGAGGUAGUGAACUUGGCUAGAAACCUCAUCUACUUUGGGUUCUACAACUUCAAUGAUCUCCUUCGUCUAACAAAGAUCCUACUAGCCAUUCUGGAUUGUGUGCAUUUGACUUCCAGCUUUCCAUCCAGCAAGAUGGGCAAAGGGGAGGAUAACAAAGGUGGCAGCAAUGUGAUGCGUUCCAUACAUGGCGUAGGAGAGUUAAUGACACAGGUGGUGCUGCGCGGUGGAGGAUUUCUUCCACUAACUCCACUGGCAGCUCCUGAGGGGGCCAUCAAGCCUCAAAGGGAACCAGAGAAGGAGGACAUACUUGUGAUGGACACAAAGCUUAAGAUCAUUGAGAUUUUGCAGUUCAUUUUGAACGUACGGUUGGAUUACCGCAUCUCCUGCCUCCUUUGCAUUUUCAAGUGUGAGUUCGAUGAAAGCAAUGCCCAAAGUGUAGAUGGUGGAAGCUCAGAUUCCUCCACAGUGGUCCCUGGGGCUCUGGACUUUGAGCAUAUUGAAGAACAAGCUGAAGGAAUCUUUGGAGGAAGUGAAGAGAAUACUCCACUCGAUCUAGAUGACGAUGGCGGCAGAACAUUUCUGCGUGUGCUCCUUCAUCUCACCAUGCAUGAUUACCCUCCGCUUGUGUCUGGAGCGCUUCAUCUACUCUUCAGGCACUUCAGCCAACGACAGGAGGUGCUACAAGCUUUCAAGCAGGUCCAGCUUCUAGUGACCAGCCAAGAUGUGGAUAACUAUAAGCAAAUAAAGCAGGAUCUGGACCAGUUAAGAUCCAUUGUAGAGAAAUCAGAGCUUUGGGUGUACAAAGGAUCUGGCCCAGAGGAGACACCAGAGGCGCAAGCAGGGGAGGCAGGUCAUAAGGAGGAGGGAUCUGGAAAGCCAAAGAAACCAGAAAGUACAAGUAGCUAUAACUACAGAGUGGUCAGAGAAAUACUCCUGCGUCUCAGCAAGCUAUGUGUGCAGGAGAACACAUCUGGUCGCCGAAACCGCAAGCAACAGCAGCGCCUGCUCAGAAAUAUGGGGGCCCACAGUGUGGUGCUGGAGCUGCUUCAGAUACCUUACGAAAAGACCGAGGAUACUCGAAUGCAAGAGAUCAUGAGGAUUGCACAUGAAUUCCUACAGAACUUCUGCGCUGGAAACCAACAAAAUCAAGCCCUUCUUCAUAAACACAUAAACCUUUUCCUAACUCCAGGGAUUUUAGAGGCUGUGACCAUGCAACAUAUCUUCAUGAAUAAUUUCCAGUUGUGUAGCGAAAUUAAUGAAAGAGUUGUACAGCACUUUGCUCACUGCAUUGAGACUCAUGGGCGCAGUGUACAGUACAUAAAGUUUCUGCAAACCAUAGUGAAGGCUGAAGGGCGCUUCAUCAAGAAGUGUCAGGAUAUAGUCAUGGCAGAGCUGGUGAACUCUGGUGAGGAUGUUCUAGUCUUCUACAAUGAUCGUGCAUCAUUCCAGACUCUGGUGCAGAUGAUGCGUUCUGAAAGGGAGCGAAUGGAUGAGAACAGCCCACUGAUGUACCACAUCCAUCUAGUGGAGCUUUUGGCAGUGUGCACCGAAGGCAAGAAUGUUUACACUGAGAUUAAGUGCAACUCUCUGCUCCCAUUGGAUGACAUUGUACGUGUAGUGACCCAUGAGGACUGUAUCCCGGAGGUGAAGAUUGCCUACAUUAACUUUCUUAAUCAUUGCUAUGUGGACACAGAGGUGGAGAUGAAGGAGAUUUACACCAGUAAUCACAUGUGGAAAUUAUUUGAGAACUUCCUUGUGGAUAUUUGCAGGGUGUGCAAUAGUACAAGUGAUCGCAAACAUGCAGAUGUAAUCCUGGAGCGAUAUGUAACGGAGACUGUCAUGAGCAUUGUCACCACAUUCUUCAGCUCUCCAUUCUCUGAUCAGAGUACAACUCUUCAGGGUUCAAUCAUUACCAUACUGAUACAGACACGGCAGCCAGUGUUUGUGCAGCUCCUGCAAGCAGUGUUUAGGGUCUAUCACUGCAGCUGGCUCCUGCCUGCCCAGAAGGCAUCGGUUGAAAGCUGUAUCCGGGUGCUGUCAGAUGUGGCAAAGAGCCGUGCUAUAGCCAUCCCAGUCGAUUUGGACAGUCAAGUGAACAACUUAUUCUUGAAGAGCCACAAUAUUGUGCAGAAAACAGCCAUGAGUUGGCGUAUGUCUGUUCGAAAUGCUGUUCGCCGUGAUUCUGUGCUUACUGCGUCACGGGACUAUCGCAAUAUCAUUGAGCGACUACAGGACAUAGUUUCUUCUCUUGAGGACCGUCUGCGUCCCUUGGUUCAAGCAGAGUUGUCUGUCCUGGUUGAUGUCCUACACAGACCGGAACUCUUGUUUCCUGAGAAUACAGAUGCCCGUCGGAAGUGUGAGAGUGGCCAAUUCAUCUGCAAGUUGAUCCGACACACAAAGCAGCUUUUGGAAGAAAAUGAAGAGAAGCUUUGCAUUAAGGUUCUACAGACUCUUAGAGAGAUGAUGGCUAAGGAUAGGGGCUUUGGAGACAAGCUGGUAGCUCUUGAUCCACUGGAAAACACAGAGAUGCCGAAUGUGCAGGGGUCAGCAGAGGAGCUUGGCCAGGUCCAACCUCAAAGGCAGCUGGAGGAUAUCAAAAGGGGGGAAGCCCUAAGGAUCAUUCUCGUCAAUCGUUACUACGGGAACACUCGUCCAGCUACAAGACGAGAGAGCCUAACAACUUUUGGAAAUGGCCCUAUACCUGGAGGUGGUGUUGGAAAGUCAGCAGGAGGGACCAGUCCAGGAACCCUAAGUCGGGGUGAAAUGAGCCUGUCUGAUGUUCAGUGUCACCUUGAUAAAGAAGGGGCAUCAGACCUAGUGAUUGAUCUGAUUAUGAAUGCAACCAGUGACCGUGUGUUUCAUGAGAGCAUCCUGUUGGCAAUAGCUUUGCUAGAGGGAGGAAACACUACUAUCCAGCAUUCUUUCUUCUGCCGACUAACCGAAGACAAGAAGUCUGAGAAGUUCUUUAAGGUGUUUUUUGACCGAAUGAAGGUGGCCCAGCAAGAGAUUAAAGCAACAGUGACUGUAAAUACAAGUGACCUUGGGAGCAAAAAACGUGAUGAGGAGCAGUCUGAGAGAGAGACCCCACACCGCAAAUCAGCCCGGGAGCCCAGCAUACAAAUUACAGAAGAGGCCAAAGAUCAGCUAUUAGAGGCAUCUGUUGCCACCAAGAAAGCUUUUAAUUCCUUUCGACGAGAAGCUGACCCUGAUGACCAUUUUGCAGCUGGGGAAGGGCCGGCAAAUGCAGAGAAAGGCAGGGACGAGCUUGAAAUGAGUGCAGUGAUUUCGAUAAUGCAGCCUAUACUUCGAUUUCUCCAGCUGUUGUGCGAGAAUCACAACAGAGACCUACAGAACUUCCUACGCUGUCAGAACAAUAAAACCAACUAUAACUUGGUGUGUGAAACCUUGCAAUUUUUGGAUUGCAUUUGUGGCAGUACAACUGGUGGACUGGGGCUGCUUGGACUCUACAUCAACGAAAAGAACGUGGCUCUCAUAAAUCAAACUCUUGAAAGCUUGACUGAGUACUGCCAAGGGCCGUGCCAUGAAAAUCAGAAUUGCAUUGCGACCCAUGAAUCAAAUGGAAUAGACAUAAUCACAGCGUUGAUACUAAAUGACAUAAACCCACUGGGACGGAAGCGAAUGGACCUAGUGCUGGAGUUAAAGAAUAAUGCUUCCAAACUACUCUUGGCCAUCAUGGAGUCUCGUCACGACAGUGAGAACGCGGAGCGUAUACUGUACAACAUGAGACCAAAGGAAUUGGUGGAGGUGAUUAAAAAGGCUUAUCUUCAGGGAGAGGUGGAAUUUGAGGACGUUGAAGGCUCGGAGGAUCACGCUGCAUCUCCUCGCAAUGUGGGCCACAAUAUUUAUAUCUUGGCUCAUCAGCUUGCAAGGCACAACAAGGAACUGCAGCAAAUGUUAAAGCCCGGAGUGCAAAUUGGUGAUGGAGACGAGGCCCUGGAAUUCUACGCCAAGCAUACAGCCCAAAUAGAGAUUGUACGUCUGGACCGCACAAUGGAGCAGAUAGUGUUCCCAGUGCCAAGUAUCUGUGAGUUCCUGACAAAGGAAUCAAAGCUACGCAUUUACUACACUACGGAACGUGAUGAACAGGGGAGCAAGAUUCAUGACUUCUUCCAGCGCUCGGAGGAUCUCUUCAAUGAGAUGAACUGGCAAAAGAAGCUGAGAGCACAGCAGGUCCUGUACUGGUGCUCUCGGAACAUGACCUUUUGGAGUAGCAUCUCUUUCAACUUGGCUGUGCUCAUGAAUCUGCUUGUUGCUUUCUUCUACCCUUUCAUCGGUGUCAAAGGGGGAACCCUAGACUCUCGACUCUCCGGCCUGCUUUGGACGGCAAUGCUUGUGUCUCUGGCUAUAGUUAUAGUCCUUCCAAAACCUCAUGGAAUCCGUGCAUUAAUAGCUUCUACCAUCUUGCGCCUCAUAUUCUCAAUUGGGUUGCAGCCCACCCUUUUCCUGCUAGGAGCAUUUAAUGUCUGCAAUAAGGUUAUAUUCUUAACCAGUUUUGUGGGGAACCGCGGUACGUUUACGAGGGGUUAUGGAGCAAUGAUUCUGGAUGUGGAGUUUCUCUAUCACCUGCUCUAUCUGCUUAUCUGCGCUAUGGGUGUCUUUGUGCAUGAAUUUUUUUACAGUUUGUUGCUCUUUGACCUUGUAUACCGGGAAGAGACACUUCUCAAUGUGAUAAAGAGUGUGACCAGAAAUGGGCGCUCAAUCAUUCUCACUGCUGUCUUGGCAUUAAUCCUCGUCUACCUCUUCUCAAUUGUUGGAUAUCUCUUCUUUAAGGAUGACUUCAUACUUGAAGUGGACAGGCUGCCCAAUGAAACUUCUUUCCCUGAGACUGGAGGCACCAUGACUAGGGAAUUACUGUAUGCAGAGGUUUGUCGGCUGGAGUCUGGAAGUAAUUGCACUCAAGAAGACUCUUCACCGGAUGUGGAGGAGGAAGAAGAAAAGGAACACACUUGUGAGACCCUUCUAAUGUGCAUUGUCACAGUCCUAAGUCAUGGAUUGCGUAGUGGUGGAGGCGUUGGAGACGUACUCAGGAAACCUUCCAAAGAGGAGCCACUUUUUGCUGCCCGUGUGAUCUAUGAUCUUCUAUUCUUCUUCAUGGUGAUUAUUAUCGUCCUGAACUUAAUUUUUGGAGUAAUCAUUGACACAUUUGCUGACUUGAGAAGUGAAAAACAAAAGAAAGAGGAAGUUUUAAAGACCACAUGUUUCAUUUGUGGCCUAGAACGGGACAAGUUUGACAAUAAGACUGUGACCUUUGAGGAGCAUAUUAAAGAAGAGCACAAUAUGUGGCAUUAUCUGUGUUUUAUAGUAUUGGUGAAGGUGAAGGAUUCCACAGAGUAUACUGGACCAGAAAGUUACGUAGCCGAAAUGAUAAAGGAACGCAAUUUAGACUGGUUCCCACGCAUGCGCGCAAUGUCUUUAGUGAGCAGUGACUCAGAGGGAGAGCAGAAUGAGCUGAGGAAUCUGCAAGAGAAGCUGGAAUCCACCAUGAGACUGGUAACCAACCUGUCAAGCCAGCUCAGCGAGCUCAAAGACCAGAUGACAGAGCAACGGAAACAGAAGCAGAGGAUCGGUCUCCUGGGGCAGCCUGCUCAUCUAAACAUCAAUCCUCAGCAGCCUGCGUAGACUCUGCCUUCAUGCCCAUGGAAAUCUGCUCCAUAACAGCUGCUGGUUAUCUGAGAUCAGAAUUUGUUUGACCCGAGUCCCCACUCCCUUCUUUGUCCUGUCCCACCACUCCACCCAGGGAUCUGAUGGCAUCUGAAUCUUGUGCCAAAUGUCCCGGAACGCGCAAUGAAUUGGACUUUUUGCACUUGAGGAUAUAAAACAAAUAAACUGAACUUUGAGAAGGCGUACAUUUUUAUAUUUCAGAUUCAAAGGAUUCUAUUUAUGAAACGAAUUUUCUUUUGUAAUUUAUGGCAUCUGAGUGUAUGGAUCACUAUAUAAUUAUACGGUACUUUGUACAGGAUAUCUCCCUAUUCAGGUCCUCCUUCCAAAUAUUUUCACUACCAGAGGUUUCCAGAAGGUGUUCAGUGUGCUUCAUAAUGUGGCAUCCACUUUGAAGCAUUUUAGGUUGUCCCCCGUAUGUGGCCCCAUGCCCAGAAUGACUUAACCCAUUUCCGGCUGGUCACGUCUCCCUUCCCACGCUUAUUUCCCAGAAAACUACUUUGUGAAAUCCUAUAUAUCUGGGAUUGUGGACCGACCAGUGGGAUGCUGAUUGAGGUUUUGGACGGAUACAUAAGCCAUCCCUGCAGACUCACAGCUGUGACUGAUUCUUGCUCCCUCUGAGGAUAAAGGGACAAUCUCUUUUUUUUUUUCUUUUUUUCUUUUUUCAUUUUCUGUUUUGUACACACUUUGUUUUCCGGUGCAGGGAUACUGCUCCCUGAGUUUGUAAAUGUGCAAGUUUGAGAUUUAAAUAAAACAAAAGCAGUUCUAUUUGUU